CUAAACUCGGCCAGUGUGACGUGUAGGACCUCCUCCUCCGACACACAGCAGCAGUAAUGGCGGACUACGACAGCUACGACGACCGGGACCGGGCCUACGGAAACUUCGGUGGCGGCAGAGGGCCCCGUGGAGGCGGCGGUGGCUCCGGAGGUCCCCGGAGGCAGAAGGAGCUGCCCACAGAACCCCCCUUCACGGCGUACGUGGGGAACCUGCCGUUCAACACGGUGCAGGGAGACAUCGACAUCAUAUUCAAAGAGCUCAACAUCCGCAGUGUCCGAUUGGUCAGAGACAAAGAGACAGACAAGUUCAAAGGGUUUUGUUAUGUGGAGUUUGAAGAUUUGGGCUCUCUAAAAGAAGCUUUGACGUACGAUGGUGCUUUGUUAGAUUCACGGUCGCUGAGAGUGGACAUUGCAGAGGGGCGGAGACAAGAGCGAGGAGGGGGCGGCUUCGGCUUCAGGAAAGACGAGGGGAGAGGACGAGGAGGUUCUCGAGGAGGUCACAGAGGAGGAGGAGGAGGGCGCGACGGCCGCGACGAGUUCGACCACCAAGGAGGAGGUGCGGUCAGAGAGUUCAGCAGCUCAGGUUAUGACGACUACGCGGGGGGGCGGAGUCGAGGAGGUGGUGGUCGCCCUGGAGACAGAAGGGGGGGAGGACCUGGAUCAGGUCGCUACAGGGACGGACCCCCUCCACGUGGAGGACAGACUGCAGACUUCAGGGAACCAUCUGAAGAGGAGCGUGCACAGCGACCCCGCCUGCAGCUGAAGCCUCGGACCGUUGCCGCUCCGCUCAACCAGGUCGCCAACCCCAACUCUGCCAUCUUCGGCGGAGGCAGGCCGCGAGAGGAGGAAAAAACUCGUAAAGAAGAAACAGGACUCAAGUUUGAAAAUGAUGAGCCCUGAUUCAUUAAAAUCAGCAGCCACACAUCCUGACCAGAAGGUGGUGCUGACACGUCGACUCGCCAACAGAAAAGAAGAAACCUAAAACGUUUUGUUGUUUUUUUUUUAAUUUCAGUAUUUGAAGCUGACUCCCAGACAGAACCAUUAGUAAAAUUAUGACCAUGAAGUUUUCCCAGUUUGUGCUUGAGACUUUAAUUUCUGGCUCUGGACCGUGCCGGGGGCGUCCACCUGUCCAGGUGAGCUCUCAGUGUGGAUCAGGUGGGCAGUGUUUAAACCUUCAGUGGGUGGUUUUUCAGUCGCGUCGCUUUCAGAACGUGUUUGUCGCUGAUGAACACUUUGAUUUGCUUCACUGUACUAUAGAAUAAAAACGGCUGUUUUAACUUUUUGUUGUUAAUUUUUUCCUACACUGUUUAUGGCAAUAAAACUAUCAUCAUCAUA